AUGGUGGUAGCCAAGGAAAAAGGGUCUGGUUCCUUCCAGGAACAGUCCUCCGAGGUUUUCCAACCGGAACACAUCUCGGGACAGUCCAACAAGCCUUUGUCUCGACCGCCACAUGCGUUGGAGUUCAGUCAAGUCGUUGCGGAACUCGAAGUCGAUACAACGCAAGGACUCACUUCCGAAGAGGCUACCCGUCGCCUGGCGGAACUCGGUCGCAAUGAGCUUCGUCAGAACAAGGGUGUUCAGCCCUUGAAGAUUUUCUUGGAGCAAAUUUUCAAUGCGAUGACACUGUUUAACUCUUCCAAGGUUCUAUUGCUGGCAUUAGGUGCAAGUUUCGGUAUUCAAGCGUGGAUCGAGGGUGGAAUCCUCGGCGGUAUCAUCGUCCUCAACAUCUUCAUCGGUUUCGGCCAGAGUCUCCAAGCCGAACGAACGAUCAACUCCCUCAAGAACCUCGGCUCUCCGACGUGCAAAGUUUUCCGAGGCGGCAAAACCAUCAACAUCCAAACCGCCGAAGUAGUCCCAGGAGAUGUGAUCGACUUGAACACAGGCGAUUCCGUCCCAGCAGACAUCCGUCUCAUCGAAGCCGUCAACUUGGAAGCCGAUGAAGCCCUUCUUACAGGAGAAUCCGCACCCGUGUCGAAAAUCCCCAACGCGACUUUCGAUGAUGAUACCGGCCCCGGCGACCGUCUCAACGUUGUCUACAGCUCAACUGUCAUCACCAAGGGCCGCGGCCGUGGUGUCGUUUUCGCUACCGGCAUGCACACGGAGAUCGGCCUCAUUGCUGGUGCUCUCAACGGCGGAUCCAAGGACAAGGCCAAGUCAUACAUCAAGCGCAACGAGGACGGCAGCGCUACCUUUUUCGGAUACGUCUUCGCUGGUUGGAUGAUGACUCGCGACUGGAUUGGCGAUUUUCUGGGUCUCACCGUUGGAACUCCUCUGCAGAGGAAGCUCUCCCAGUUGUUCUUGUGGCUCUUCUUGUUUGCCGUCAUCUGCGCGCUUGUCGUUCUUGGCGCCAACAAAUUCGAUUCUCGCAAGGAUGUCAUUAUCUACGCCGUGACAACCGCCAUUGGAACGAUCCCUGUUUCUCUAUUGCUUGUGUUGACGGUUACGAUGGCAGCUGGUACCAAGAAGAUGCUUGAACGCCAUGUCAUCGUUCGUAACCUUUCUAGUCUGGAGGCGUUGGGUGGCGUAACCAAUAUUUGCUCCGAUAAGACUGGUACAAUCACUCAGGGUCGCAUGGUCGUUCGCAAAGCAUGGCUUCCGGGCACUGGCACAUAUUCCGUCAACACAACCAACGACGUCUACAACCCCUUUUCUGGGUCCGUGCAGUUCACCUCUGGCCAACCGAAGGAUAUCAGUGCCGAGGAGGAGAAGAAACACGACGAGACCACCGAACCGAUCGAGCCUCACAAUGAGCCGGCGAGCAAGCCGGCCCUUGAGUGGUACCUCAACGUUGCGUCGUUGGCCAACCUGGCCAGCUUGAAGCAGAGUGAUGAUAGCUCUGCGAACCCAGGAGAAUGGAAGGCUGCAGGUGCUCCCACCGAAAUCGCUAUUGAAGUCUUUGCUUCUAGGUUCGGAUGGAACAGAAUUCAGCUUUCGCAAGGUCCCGAGGCGUCUUGGAAACAAGUCGCCGAGUUUCCUUUUGACUCGGAUGUGAAGAAGAUGUCCGUCAUCUUUCAGAACACCAAGUACCAGAAGAUGCACCUCUUCACGAAGGGUGCUGUAGAACGCGUGCUUGCCUCCUGCGACACCAUUGCCCUCGAUGAUACGACUCGCGCCCUGACCGAAGACGACAGACAAAACAUCCACACCAACAUGGAAGUCCUCGCCAGCCAAGGCCUCCGCGUCCUCGCCCUCGCACACCGAAACCUCGAGAACAGCGUCUCCGAGUCCCAGUUCGCCGAAGGCACAACACCACCUCACCGCGAUACCUUCGAACACAGCCUGACCUUCCGCGGCCUCAUCGGCAUUUACGACCCUCCCAGACCCGAAUCGAGACCCAGUGUGAAGAUGUGCCAGGGUGCCGGCAUCGUCGUGCACAUGCUCACCGGUGACCACCCGCAGACCGCACGAGCUAUCGCCACGGAAGUCGGAAUCCUCCCCUCUCCCGAGAAGUUCAAGAUGCUUCCCUCCGACGUGGCUCAGUCGAUGGUGAUGCCAGCUCACGACUUCGACGCCUUGUCCGAUGGCCAGAUCGACGAGCUGCCCCAGCUCCCGCUGGUGGUGGCCCGCUGCGCGCCUAGCACGAAGGUCAGGAUGAUCGAGGCGCUGCAUCGCAGGGGCCGAUAUGUUGGCAUGACUGGAGAUGGCGUGAACGACAGUCCUAGUCUUAAGCGCGCGGACAUUGGUAUCGCCAUGGGAUCUGGUUCAGACGUCGCCAAGGAGUCGUCGGAUAUUGUCUUGACGGAUGACAACUUCGCCUCCAUUCUGAACGCCAUUGAGGAAGGCCGACGGAUUUUCGACAACAUCCAGAAGUUUAUUCUUCACGUCCUGGCCGCCAACAUCGGUUUUGUUUGCGCCCUUCUGACCGGCUUAGCCUUUAAGGAUCGGUCUGGUGUAUCUGUGUUCCAGCUGUCGCCCGUGGAGAUCCUCUGGAUGCUUCUCGGAACCGGUGCUUUCACUGAGACUGGUCUUGGCUUCGAGAAAGCGGUUCCAGAUAUUCUCAACCGGCCUCCGCAGAACCUCAAAUACGGCGUCUUCACCCCGGAAUUUCUCGUCGACAUGGUCUACUAUGGUGUCCUCAUGGCAGGCUGUGUUCUCGGCUCGUUCACCGUCAUCAUCUUCGGUUUCGAAGGUGGCAACCUCGGUAUCGAGUGCAACAACGCCUACUCUGCGGAAUGCGACUCCGUUUUCCGCGCUCGCGCAGCCUGCUACACCACAAUGACCUGGAUCUUCUCCUUCUUCGCCUGGGAACUGAUUGACGCGCGCCGCUCCCUGUUCUACAUGCCGAAGGGCUUCAAGGCCUGGACUCUGCAUUUAUGGGGCAACAAGUUCCUCUUCUUCUCGGUCACGCUUGUCUUCCUCGCCGUCUUCCCCACGCUUUACAUCCCCGUGAUUGAUCAUGUGGUUUUCCUGCACCACGGAAUCACUUGGGAGUGGGCCGUAGUGUUCAUUGAUGUUACUUUCUUCAUGAUUGCUUGCGAAGGUUACAAGUGGGGGAAGAGAGUGUACAUCCGGCGCAGGGGGAAUAGUUCGGAUGUUGGCUUCGAUGACGAGGAAGAAAUGUCCGCAUGA